CGUAGGCUAAUUUUUUUUGUAUCUCUCUGUAUUUUUUUCGUAAAACAUGGCGGAGAUACAGACAAAUGGAAGGGCAUACGAGUCACUAUUGGAAAAGGUUCUUUCGAUGAACAUUCUUUCUUCUGACUAUUUCAAAGAGCUCUAUGGUUUAAAGACUUAUCAUGAGGUAAUUGAUGAAAUCUACAACCAAGUUAAUCAUGUGGAGCCGUGGAUGGGUGGGAAUUGCCGCGGUCCUUCAACAGCAUAUUGUCUUCUGUACAAAUUCUUUACCAUGAAACUUACAGUGAAGCAGAUGCAUGGGCUGUUGAAGCACACAGAUUCUCCCUAUAUUAGGGCGGUUGGAUUCCUUUAUUUAAGAUAUGUUGCAGAUGCAAAGACGUUGUGGACAUGGUAUGAACCAUACAUUAAAGAUGAUGAGGAGUUUUCACCAGGAUCAAAUGGACGGAUGACGACAAUGGGUGUUUAUAUACGUGAUUUGCUACUUGGACUGUACUACUUUGAUACAUUGUUUCCUCGUAUACCUGUUCCUGUCAUGCGCCAGAUUGUAUCAAAUCUUGAGAAGAUGAAUCUGCCAACUAAACCUUCUGGGUCAACCGGAGACAUGAGUCGUGGCUCUGACGACACUGCCCGUCGUCCUCCAUCAGUAAAAGCAUCUCUCUCUGUUUCAUUUGGUCAACGUGCACCUCAUCGUGCUUCCACCAGAGGCUCUUCUCCUGUUCGUCGUCCUCCACCGUCUGGUUAUGAUAGAAAUGGAGGCGAUGAACCACAGGCUCGGUCCCCACGUAGGAGCCAGAGCCGAGACUAUUAUUCUGACAGAGACUCAGAUAGACAGCGGGAUAGAGAGAGGGAGAAAGACCGCGAAAGGGACGGAGAGAGAGACAGGGAGAGGGAGAGAGACAGAUACAGAGAAAGGGAGAGGGAUUAUGGUGAUGAUAGGAGAUCGAGGAGAGACUAUGAAAGUAGGGGUAGACGCAGAGAUUAUGAUGAUGAUAGAAGCAGACAUGACCGGAGAAGCCGGAGCAGAAGCCGAAGUAGGAGCAGGAGUGUGCAAAUUGAGCGUGAACCAACUCCAAGAAGAGAUAGUAGCAACAAGGAGAAAGCUGUGACUGUGAACAGCAAUCUUGCAAAGCUAAAAGAUUUAUACGGAGACGCAAGUAGUCAGAAAGGGGAUGAAGGAUUUGGAACAAGGAGGGAUUCAAGUUCAGAAGAAGUGAUUAAGCUUGGUGGUUCCUCUUGGAGGUGAAAAAGAACAAAAAAACUAAAACUGUGGAUUUUAAAUGCUUCUUCUAUUCUGUAGGAUGAUGCAUGCUGUAUUACUGUACUGUUUUGAUUUCCAGCAAACUAUUUUGGUUAUAUGCCUGAAAUUACAGUUUUAGAAUUGGUCUUGUUUGUUCAAAAAAAAAAAGAAUUGGUCUUUUAUCAUCAAUGUCUUUAGACUUUGUGCUGUCU